AUGCCUGAUCAUAUCUGCUACUUGGCCCAUUUACCUGCAGCUUCAGUCUGUCCGGCCCUCAGCUUCCGUCUUUUGUUCACAGAUUACUCAUCGUACCAGAAACACGUGCACACACUCCCGCUCCGGCCCCUCUCCCCACCUGGACGAACACCCCAACCAACAGGGCCGGACAAUCCCUCGGCCAUGCUGACUACCGAGCCGAACGCCAAGGCUACACGUGCUAGCAUACUCCUUUUCUUUGGGCCUACUCCUUAUGGAAGCAUACGGAUACUGACGCAUUUACGCAAACAUCACAUAAAUAAACAUAGUGCAGUGUCAACCUGCAGACUAACUAACUGCAAAGAAGAGUUAAUUAAUUUCUCUCCCGUUCCCUCCAGCAUAGGCCUCUCCUGCAGCCAUGGAUGUAAGUACGCCAAAUCAGAUACCGGUAAAACACACUGUAUGCCUGCCGGCUAUGAGCUCAAGUCGGGGAGUCGGCUAUUCACGAGAAAUGGAAUGCGAGAGGUACGAACACAUUUUGACGGCGCAGAAACUGCCCGAAGCCAGUGUGGGAAGCCCACAGUUGACCAGAGUGGCGCUACGGAGUGGCCUAAGUCCUGCAAAAUUGGGCAUCAGAUAAGCAGACGUGUAAUGGAGUGGAAAAGCCGCGGCACUCGUCCCCAUGGCCCGCCAAACAUCAUCCUCUUUGCCUCACAUCCUAGCCUUUACUUCAUGCAUCCACUCCCCCCUUCGAAAUGUGCAUUGCGGAAUGCAACCCUUGCCACAGCAACUGUCGAGUCGUCUCAAGUGUCAAAAAUCAGAGACAUAGAAGCCUCUUCGUCAUUAAGCCGUUAUUCAGUCAUGGCUUCUGUGCCCUGA